GGGCAUGGGGUUUGAGGUUUGGGUUAUACGAACAUUUACAUCACUGCCUCCCUCUCUCGAGCCUCCUCCCUCUCCGAUCCUUUCGCUUCUUUCACACACAAUCACACACACACACGUAUAAUACAACCAACUUAUUCGACGUCUCUCAAACGACGUCGCAUCGGCAGCACAUACAUCUCUCUACCUCUCUCUCCUCGAAGCUCGCAGAUCGAGGAUCUCUCUCUCUCCAUCUCUCUCCGGCCCAUUUGGUGCUGUUUGGAUGACCUUCGUACUAUAUUGGAACAAUGACAUCGAGUAUGCUUGCUGGCGAAAGGAGGUGGGCCUCUGCCAGAAGAGGUGGGAAGACAGUUUUGGGAAAGGUUGCUGUUCCCAAACCCAUUAACUUACCUAGUCAAAGGUUAGAAAAUCACGGGCUUGAUCCAAAUGUGGAAAUUGUUCCCAAGGGUAGUCUUAGUUGGGGAAGUCGGCCAUCAUCUUCUGCAUCGAAUCCAUGGGGUUCCUCGCUUCAAUCUCCAAGUGGUGAUUGUUCCAAUGGUUCACCAAGCCAUGCUGGGGGUCGCCCUUCGUCUGGUGGAAGUGCCACUAGGCCAUCAACUGCUGGCAGUGAUAAAAUGCAGGAACCUGUCCCCAGUGCUUGGGGUUCUAAUUCUCGUCCAUCAUCAGCUUCUGGAGCUUUGGCAUCAAAUCAAACAUCGUUGACAUCAUUGCGUCCUCGGAGUGCAGAAACAAGACCUGGUAGCUCACAGCUGUCUAGAUUUUCUGAAAACAUACCUGACAGUUCAGCAGCGUGGGGCCGAACAGGGAAUGCUGACAAAUUGGUAAUAUCAUCUACCAAGAAAGAAGGAUUUUCACUGACUUCUGGAGAUUUUCCAACUCUUGGUUCAGAGAGAGACAAUUCUGGGAAGGAUUCUGACUCGCAUGAAUAUGGGGCUCAUGAUCGUCCUAGAUCAUCUCCUGGUGAAGUAGCAGCAGAAUAUGACAGAACUGCAACUUCUGAAUCUGAUGUGAAGGGUGGAAACACAAAUACUUGGAAAAGAGAUGACACCCAACAUGCUGAAGACGGAUUCAAAUCUAAUUUAAAUAGUUGGCAAGGGGGUUAUCCCCAACAAUUCAUGAAUCCAAAUGUUCCUCAGCAUUUUGAUGCCUGGCGUGGUCCUCCAAUGAAUUCUCCUGCCGGGCUAUGGUAUAGAGGACCUCCAGGGGGUCCACCAUAUGGUCCUCCCGUUGCUGCAGGUGGCUUUCCUCUGGAGCCUUUUCCUUAUUAUCGACCUCAGAUGCCGCCUCCCAGUCUAGGAAAUUCUCAGCCAGUUCCGCAGCAAGUCCCAGCGAAUGGCCCAAGAGGCCAUCAUCCAAAAAAUGGAGAUAUGUACAGGCCCCCGAUCCCUGAUGCUUAUAUGCAUCCAGGUAUGCCUGUCAGGCCUGGAUUCUACCCUCGUCCAGUUCCAUAUGAUAAUUAUUUUGGUGCUCCAAUGGGCUACAAUCCCAAUGAACGAGAUAUUCCAUUCAUGGGAAUGUCAGCUGCUCCCCCUGUUUUUAAUAGGUUUCCAGCUCAGUGUACUCCCGAUCACAGCAAUAUGCAUGCCAGAGGUGGGGGACGUGAGCAAGUGGAAUCUGUACAUUUUAACGAGUCUCGAGGGCCAUAUAAAGUUCUUAUUAAGCAACAUAAUGAUUUGGAUGCCCAAGGUGAAAAGGAGAGCUGGGAGAAUAUUGCCCCAGGAAAUGUUUCCUUUCCAGAGAAGGGGAGCCAACAAAGAGCAGUUUUGCGCAAUAAUGAGUGGGGGGUUGAUAGUAGAAGGGAAGAUAUGCAUUCCAAAAGAACAGCGCAUGGUGAAUAUUCUUCUUCAAGAAUAUAUGAUGGCAGAGGAGUACAUUCAUCAAACUCGUCCGUAGUAAUGUCACCUGAAAGAGUUGACCCAGUCGAUAGGAAUUGGAAAAUAAAAUCUGAGACUGCAUCUGCAUCAUCUUCUCUUCCAGAAAUUCCUCAUGUACUCGCAGCUGCACCAAAGGAUUCAAAUUUGUUACAGAAAAUUGAGGGUUUAAAUGCGAAGGCUCGGGCUUCUGAUGGCCGUCAGGAGAUUGCAUCAGCGUCCAGCAGGGGAGAUAUUAUUCUUUCUUCCAGUCAAUCGAGUGUCGAGAGUUCCAGCUCAAGGAGAGCUAUUAAUGGCUCGGAAGGCCGAUCAGAGCACCGCGGUAAAGAAAUGAUUAGGGCAGAUGCUGAUGUUUGGCGGAAGAAACCCCUUGUUGCAGAAUGUCUUGCACCACUCCCAACAACAAAUGUUGGGCCUGUCCCCAUUGAGGACAACCGUGAUCAUCAUAGUUAUGCAGAGGCUUCUGUUAUGACUGGGACAAAUCAUUCAGGAAAGGACGAUGGUGAUACUCUAACCCAAAUUCUUGAUACAGGUGAUACCCAGACUCAGCGUUCUAAAUUCAAAGAAUUAGCACGGCAACGUGCAAUACAACUUCAGAAGGAAGAGGAAGAAAGAAUAAGGGAGCAGAAGGUAAAAGCUCUUGCUAAAUUGGAAGAGUUGAACAGGCGUAGUCAAACUGGGGGUAUUAUUACUGAGAAGUUGGAGAAAGCUCCAGCAAUUAGCAGCAUCGUUGUAGAUCAAAAAGAGUCACAGAUUCUUGCUGAACCUGUAAAGAAUACUCUAAAUAGUGAUGCACCAAAUCCAGUUAUAUCCUUAGGCUCUAAUGCAGUUGCUCCCGUUAUUGUAAGCAGUGCCUUGAAGGUCUCUGUUCAGUCAACAAAAUUGCCGAUGGACCCAUCUGAAAUUGCAGAACUGGGAAUUACUGCUCCCCAGAAUUCAUACUUGAAACAAGAAUCUGUUGGGGCUGCUGAUGUUGAUGUCAAAGCUGUUCCUGGGAUUAAUGAUAUUAGCUCCUUUAAGCAUGAGCAUACAAGCUACAAAAGGAUUCAAAAGAUUCGAAUGGGAAAGCAAUAUUCAGAGAGUUUAAUUUCGUUUGGUACAAUUGGAAUUGCAAAUAUUCACGAAAGUAUGGCAGUUGAGGAUACUGCAUUUUCUAAGACUUCUCCAGAGGGGAUCGUCUCAAGUCGCCAACCAACUUUACCUGAAAAUACUAAUACAGUUGUACCUGAUGUCUCAGCAGCUCAGGGCAAGAGAAGUUCCAAGUCUGGUAAGAAUAAGAACAAGCUUGAGAAUCCUCAACCAGGUUCUGAUUCACAUGUACAGGAACAAGCUGAUUCUGAUAAAGCUUUCCUUGAAAGUGGAAAGAUGAAAGUUUCUCAAAGCCAGGUGGAUGCUGGUUCUAUUCAGGCAGUGAAGGAAGACAUAGAACAACUUCCGCAGCUGGACCCCAAAUUUAGUGAAGAAUCCCAUGUUAAAGUAAAUAACCCCUGGAAGUCUCAGCCUCCUCGCAGGAUUUCAAAAACUGGACAAGCUAAUAAGGUGGCUGAUAGAUCUCAUGGAAAUGAUGCUACUAUAUGGGCUCCAGUGCGUUCCCACCAUAGAGUUGAGGAUGCAGAUGUAGAAGGCAGGACAUUAGCACCAGACUCUGUUGCAUCGACAACAAAAAAUAAUAAUUUAGGUCUGAAGAGCAAAAGGGCGGAAAUGGAGAGAUAUGUUCCAAAGCAAGUGGCGAAAGAGCUAGCCCAGCAGGGAACCAUCCAGAAUUCAGUAUCUUCCGCCAGUCAGCCUACAAUAAAUGAGACUGCUGGCAGAAGAGAAUCUAGUUUCCAGGAGAGUUCUCAGCCAGCAGUACCUGAAAAUGUGGUGCGUACAGUUGAGUCUAAUAUUGGCGACAGUAUGCAAAGUAAACAUGCAAAAGGUCAUGGAGGAUGGAACCAUCGUGUUUCGACAGAAUCAUCACGUCUUCACACGGGGUCAUCGUCGUAUCUAAGCAAGAGUUUUCAGAAAUCUACUGACCAGCAGGAGUCCUUCAUACCUGAACCUAUUGUUGCUGAUGCUUGGGACCCUUCUGAUGGGUGGAACAUGCCCGAGGAACCUGCUGCAGUUGUCAAUUCCAACUUUGGGAUGAAAGAUCAAGGCGUCAUAAAAGGCAAAGGGAAGAGACAGCCUUACAAAGGUCACAGAAACAUGGCAAAUAAGUAUGAUGAUCAGAAGAACAAUAAUGGUGGGGAGAUUUAUAAAAAGCCAAUUCAAUCUGCCGCCCUUGAGAAUAGUCAACAAGAGAGAGACGCUAUUGCAGUAGAAUGCCAUGUCAAUGGGGAAAGGACAUCAUCUCUUUGGCAACCGAAAUCCAAGGCAUAUUCUACCAAUGCUCAGACUGGAAGGAAGUCUGGUGGUGGUCAACAUGUUUCUGAAGAAGCUGGCCGGGGUACAAGGAAAAAUUCACCCCACUUCACCGUAGAUGCGUCUGGAGCACUGUAUAAAGAUCAACCUGAGGUUAUUCCUCCACUUCAUCUUGAUCAGUCUCCAUCUGAAAAUAAGAAUGUUGGAGAGUCUACGAAUGUUGUAUAUCCAGAAGGAAGGAGGGAAAAGAAGGUUGCCUCAGCUAAAGAGCGUCCUCAACCCCAUUAUAGGCAUGGUCUUGGCACCGUGGAUGAAGCGGCCCCACCUGAUAGUGGAGAUACUCGUUUUGGGCAACGUACUUCUUCGGGGUAUCGCAAGCAUGGAAACCAAAAUAACCGGUCUGUUAGAGGGCAAGAAUUAUGCGAAGAUUUGAGUUCUGGUGGGAAGGAUAACAGGCAUCACAUUGUACGUGGGAACAGAGAAAGGCAGUCACGGAACAUGCACUUUGAGUACCAGCCUGUUGGACCACACAACCAUGGGAAAUCCAACAAUUUCGAAGGGCCCACAGAUGUCUCACAUAAUAUGAGCUCAAGGUACAGAGAGAGAGGUCAGGGUCAACCGAGGCGAGUUGGGGGUAACUCAUACGGGCGAAAGAGUAGUGUCGUUCAAGUUGACGUUGGCUAUGAGUAACAUCCAGAUUAAGUUUGAUGCUUGUAAAAGAAAAUUUCUCCCAAGCACUUGGCGUCUUGACUUGACAGCAUUGCAGGUAUUGCCAGCUGAAUGGUUCUAUUUUAAUUUCCAAAGAUAAAAGUUAUAAGUAGUGUAUUAAUUGAUGUUCACACGUGUAUCAUCAAUCUGGAUUAGGGGCAAUUUACGGCAAAUGAUCUUAGCAAGUUUUGCCGGGAAUUUGGACAUGAUUAAUUGAUUCUGUAUUAUUCUUACUCUUAUGGUGCAACCGGUCUUAUUUCUUGUA